AAAGUCUCGGUAGUAAUCUCAUAGUGGGGGAGGUAUCAAUAACAUAUGAUUGGUUUUUUGUCGAUUAAAAAUCAAUCAGUCGAGUAUCAUCUCCAGUGGUACCUGAGGAGACAUGUCAUCCAGGAGUUCUGAGUCCGAUGAAUCCCUCAAGCGGAAUAAAAAAUGGGCUGUUUUUAUGGGAGACAUUUCAAUGAUGAAAGAUGCCAUAUCCAGGAGAAAAAUGGGCAAGAGGCACUCGAUUAUGUGGAAAUUUUUCGGUGGAGUUGACGCAGGUGUCAGAGGAGUUGGACAGGUGGUGUUUGCUAACAAUCCUGUCAGCGGUUUGCUCAUCGUAAUUACUCUCGGAUUAACUGCUCCCAAUGUAUUGCUGUUUGGAUCUAUCACAGGAGUUCUCGGGUUAAUUAUCUCUCACAUCAUUCAAGAUCCCGGAUCGGUCAUCGAAAAUGGAUUGACUGUGUACAAUCCUCUGCUCAUUGGAGUUGUAACUAGUUCCUUGUUACCGGAAAAGUCCAGCACUUUUGAUGGACUCACUACUCUCAUGAUGUUUACCGGAACAAUCUUCAGCCCUUGGACUUGGUGUGCCGUACGAGGGAGUUUACUCAGGGCUCUGGGGCUACAACAGUCUCUUAUCUACUUCAUCCCUCGGUGGAAUUUUUCUCGUUUUAAAUCCUCAGACUGCCCUCUUGUCGUUUACUGCUGGAACAUUCACUGUACUACUCCAAUACACUCUCUAUUUUUUCCUCUCAAAGAUGCAACUCUCUGUCUUAACAAUUCCGUUUGUAGUGACCCAUUAUCUCUUUAUCACGGUGAGAGACGUUACGGAUCCCGUAUAUCCUGAGCCCAUGAACAUUACUUUCCCUGAGAAACACAGGGCGCUAUUUCAAAGGCUCAGGAGAUCGUCCGACCAAGACGAGAUUCCAGCAAACGUUUGAGCA